CUUACAGCGUUGCGCAGCUUUUUUUUUUGUCAUUGUUCUUUCCCACUUGAGUCUUUGAAUGUCAUUGGCUAGUAAGCUUCACACGCUGGAGGUGACACUCUUGAUGCGUGCCAAAUAUUUACCGUACCAUUGAUUACCUCGUUCGCUUGCGCUUGGGUGCAAUCUAAGUAAUAAAUCUGAAGACACGUCGUGGGCAUCGGUUCUCUAAAACUACUACAAUCAUCAACAUGUCUCUUUUAUGUCGUCUCUCGUACAUGCGCAAGUAUGUCGAGGUCAUACUGGCGUCUGGAUCGCCCAGACGAAAGGAGAUUCUAGGUGAGGUUGGUGUCCCGUUUCGAGUUUUGACCUCUAGCAUAGAGGAAGAGAUGUCAGCGGAACAGAGACAAGCCCUGCGCGAUAGAGGCGCAGCAGAAUACACAAUGGAGCUUUCGCGAAGAAAAAUCGAGGCAGUAUGGGCAGUGUUUCAACGUGAGCAGGAGAAGGCUUACGUGACACCAUCAGCAGCAUCAGGCGAGACGACAGACCGAGAUUGGGUUCUUCUCAUUGCUGCUGACACAUGUAUCGAGCUUGAAUUUGAGGCGACCAGCACGUCGCCUGACCAAUCGGUUAGGAAUGGGACGAAGCCACGACAGAAGAUUUUAGACAAGCCUGUAGACCGAGCCGCGGCAAUCGCUGCGCUUCACGAGCUGCGAGGCCGCUCUCAUAGCGUGGUCACUGGGGUGUCUCUGCGAUUGGAAAAACGAUCUGCCAGGGCAAGCACCGGUGUAAAAGAAAAAGAACCGGCGUCGCAGGCGUCUGGUUCUUCGCCUCCUCAAUGCUUCUCGUCCUCAUUCGCCGAACGCACUUCAGUUAAGUUUCGUGGAGCAAGCGACUUGUGCGAUGCAGCUAUAGAAGCGUAUGUGGAUAGUGGAGAGCCAAUGGAUAAAGCGGGGUCGUACGGAAUUCAAGGUUUGGGUGGCCUCUUUGUUGAAGAGAUUCAGGGAUGUCAUCGAAAUGUUAUCGGGUUUCCACUAAGCAAGAUUGCAACGGAGAUUGCAAGACUGUUGGAACAGGCAGAAGGAGUAUCAAAUACAUAGAACAGAAUUAGGAUAAGAGCAUGAAGAGAACGAACCAAGAUCAACAUUAUUAUGCUGAGUUCAACCUAUGCGGAACUCUAAUUUGAAGUCGUCGUAAAAGAACACGUCUGCAUCUUCAGGUUACCAUUUCUG